CCCUACUUAUAUGCCGACCCGAUCCGUUUUCCAUAUUAUACUCGCUGUCGCUUAAACCCCUACCGCCAACAGCCUUUCAUCUCUCUCACUUUUGCUUUGAAGCAAAACUAUAGUCAGAAUAAAAAAACCACAUCAAUUUGUUAAGGUCUUUUAGCUGUCUACGUUGAAUUUUGGUAGCAACAGAGCACAAUAGAUUUGAUUUUCUCUUGGUGGAGUUGUAAGAAUUAUUGAUUAUGUUGGUGUCCCGAAUCUGUGUGAAGAAUUUGCCGAAGUAUGUAGCUGAGGACCGCCUCAGAGAGUUCUUCUCCCAGAAGGGGGAAGUCACUGACGCCAAGCUCAUGCGUACUCAAGAUGGGAAGAGCAGGCAAUUUGGAUUUGUCGGAUUUCGAACGGAGCAAGAAGCUGAGGAAGCUAUCAAGUAUUUUGACAAGUCUUUCAUGGAUAGUAGCCGUAUUAUUUGUGAGAUUGCUAGGAAAAUUGGGGAUCCAAAUAUCCCUCGUCCAUGGAGCAGGCACACUUUGAAAAAAGAAGAGAAGUUGACAAAUGAGGAUGAGAAUGCAAAAGUAAAAAGUUCUAAGUCUGCAGGUUUAAAAGGGGACAAAACGAACAGUAAACAGGAGAGUAAAGAUGAGGAUCCUCAUCUUCAAGAGUUCCUUGAAGUUAUGCAGCCUCGGAGUAAGUCAAAGUUGUGGGCAAAUGAUACACUAACAGCUCCAUCUCUUGCCCGAAGUAAAAAGGAUGCCAAUAAGCAAUCCCAGAGAAAAGAGAAGAGCCAGGAAAAAUUGGAUGCUGAUGACUCUGAGUUAGGUGAAGCUGGCAAAAAAGAAGAAUAUCUUUCAGAUAGUGUAGAAUCUGAGAAACCUGACGGCUCCCGUAAUGAUGAAGUUAUGACUGAUAUGGAUUAUUUCAAAAGUAAAGUGAGGAAAGAUUGGUCCGACUCAGAAAGUAGUGAAGACAAUGACAGUGAUAACGAAAGUGACGCUGAAGGUGGCAAGAGCAGUGAAGAUGCAAAUGCUGGUAAUAUCCUUGAACCUGAUGAUAGAGAGGAAUUGUUGAAUGAUGAGUUCUCCAGAUUUAACAAUGAAUCACUUGACCCUGCUGAUCCUUCAUCAAGUGUUAAGGAUGAAAAAGAAGAAGAUCUGGAGAGCGGACGAUUAUUUGUUCGUAAUCUUCCAUACACUACUACGGAAGAGGAGCUGGAAGAGCAUUUUAGAAAAUUUGGCAGUGUUUCACAGGUUCAUAUUGUUGUUGACAAAGAUACAAAGCGGUCCAAGGGAAUUGCAUAUGUUCUCUAUUCAUUACCAGAAUCUGCUGCUAGGGCAUUAGCAGAGCUGGACAGUUCAAUUUUUCAAGGCCGAUUACUUCAUGUUAUGCCAGCAAAGCAGAAAGUUCCUUCAGAGAAAACAGAGACAGUUGCCAAUACCAAGCAAUCUUCAAAAACAUUUAAGCAGCAGAGACAAGAGGAAAAGAAGGCAUCUGAAGCUAGUGGAAAUACACGUUCAUGGAAUACUCUCUUCAUGCGCCCAGACACUGUUGUCGAGAAUAUUGCAAGAAAAUUUGGAGUGAGUAAAAGUGAUCUUCUUGAUAGAGAAGCUGAUGAUCUUGCAGUACGUAUAGCAUUGGGAGAGACUCAAGUGAUAGCUGAGACCAAAAAGGCACUUGCAAAAUCUGGAGUUAAUAUUGCGUCAUUGGAAGAAUAUGCUGCUGGGAAAACUGAUGGAGUGAAACGAAGCAAUCAUGUUAUUCUAGUCAAGAAUUUGCCUUAUGGUUCGUCAGAAGGUGAACUUGCGAAUUUGUUUGGAAAGUUUGGGAGCCUGGACAAGAUUAUUCUUCCUCCCACCAAAACCUUAGCUCUGGUUGUCUUCCUAGAACCAGCAGAAGCACGCACAGCUUUCAGGGGUCUAGCAUACAAACGUUACAAUUGCUUUCCACCUUUCCAGUCACGAUCACUGUAUGUCAAGAACCUAAAUUUCAAGACGUCUGAUGAGAGUUUAAAAGAGCAUUUCACUCAACACAUAAAGGAUGGACGAAUAUUAAGUGUGAGAGUGAAGAAGCAUGUAAAGAACGGAAAGAAUGUCUCAAUGGGUUUUGGAUUCAUUGAAUUUGAUUCUGUUGAUACAGCAAUCAAUGUUUGCAAGGAUUUGCAGGGCACUGUUUUGGAUGGUCAUGCACUUAUAUUGCAACUUUGUCACACUAAGAAGGAUGGUCAACUUCCAAAGAAAACUGAGAAUGACAAGAGCUCGACUAAGUUGCUUGUUAGGAAUGUUGCUUUUGAGGCAACUGAAAAAGAUCUCAGGCAACUAUUCAGUCCAUUUGGGCAGAUAAAGAGCUUAAGGCUGCCGAUGAGAUUUGGGAACCAUAGAGGUUUUGCAUUUGUAGAGUUUGUUACGAAACAAGAGGCAAAGAAUGCCAUUGAAGCUCUAUCCAAUACUCACUUGUAUGGGCGCCAUUUGGUUCUGGAGAGAGCCAAGGAAGGUGAGAGCUUAGAGGAAUUACGCGCUCGCACAGCUGCUCAAUUUAGUACUGAGCAAAAUGGGUUUCAAACUGCUAAAUUAUCCAAGAAGAGAAAGCACAUGGCUAUAUUGGACGAAGGGAGUCUUAAAUUUGAGCGAAUUGCUGAUUAAUACUUCACAACUCUAUAUGUAACACAAGGAUGGGUAAAAUUCUUUCCCUUUUAUCCCGAAUCAGUUGUCUUGUAUAGGUUAAAGCUACUAAUUUUGGCAGUCCUAAUAGCAAAUGGUACUAAGACCAGAGCUUGUUCAAUCGUGUUCACGGAGUAAAAGAGUCAAUCUUGUUAGAAUGAGGGUGGCACUUGAGAGUUCUCUUGGUUUACAAAAUUAACCAUUUUUUGUUUGGGACAAGAUUCACUCAGAACUUAGAGUUUUCCAGCUUUGUUCAUUAAUGUAAUGUUUUGAUAUCGUUCUCAGUUUGUAUUUUAGCUCAUGAAAACUUUCCA